UAAUAUAUUCACGGGAUUUGUGCAAAAAUAACACAUGCAUUAACGCUUCUUUUUAUAGCAUAAGUGGAGAGCGAAAGGGAUCAAAGCAACAUGGAAGUAAUCAUAUUUAAAUAUAGUGAAAUGUAGCGAUAGGGGUGGAUAAAACGGCAUCCCCGGCUCGACGCUAUUGUCCGUCGCUCAGUGACGAUCAGGGAACUCCGCAUCCAUUGCGCUCGCACGCGCAGUGACGUGUUUGGCACGGUCCGAAUCUCUUGCGAAACGAAGGUAAAAGCGGCGUCCUCCCCUAUACACCCACACGUCCAUGUGACCAAAAAAUAAAAGGAAAGGUGAGUCUAUUUAAAAAUCGCUGCAAUUAAGACGCCGCCGGUAGCGUUUUUCGUUAGUAGAUCGCGGCCCGAUGAUAUGUCAGUAAAUCUUAGGAGAGCGGAGGGGCGACAGCGGCACGAGCGGUAUCACGCUUCUUUGGCGCACGGAGACUUGCGCGAGCCUGCACCUGUGCACGCAGAUACACCUGUGAGGUAACUUUUAGGGGGUCUCUCUGGCGUUUACGAAAUUAAUGAGAUUAAUCCAACCUUAGUGUCAGUGGUUUAAAAGUGAACCGUUUAAACAUAAAUAUAGAUACAUAGUUACAAAGACUAUGCAUGCAGUAUCUUAUAGCCAAGUUAGAUGUCCAAAUGUUUUUCUUGUUACGUUAAUCACUGCUUGAAGUGCGCACUUCUUUGUUUUUCUAUUCAGAGUACCGGCACCUCUCAUAAUCUGCCGGUACUGAAGAACAAGGGAAACACUGGCACCUGUUUUUCCCACCUAAGGCACUAAUAUUAAUAAUAUCGAAAGCAUAGUUAAUCGUUUAGUAUUUUGUCGUGCGCCAUAUUAUAAUUAGAUGCCAAAUGAAGGCACUGCUUAUUUUAACGGUAAGAUAAUGAAUGGUUAAAGAGGUGCCACUCCUGGGGAGCUGAGAUAAUCUCGGUGGAGAGUGAAGAACGCUCGGGAGAGAAGACAUCCCAGGGCGGCUGCAACCGGGCGUAUCUGAGCGGACUCUCGCCUUUCCAUUGGGGCACCGGCGCACGGAGCGCACAAAGCAGCGGGACGAAGCGGGUGUCACUCAGAAAUGGCAAAGUCUCCGUGCCUCCUCGGGCAGCUCGGUCAGCCUGUGUCGGACUUUUCCAUAACACAAGACACGAAGUAACCCGGCGCCCUCGCUUGACAGGGGGAGGGCAUCCUCUUACCAUUCCAGAUCCGGGGAGGGGGGAGUGGAAAAAAGGGACGUAAACAUAUAGGUGCCCUUCAUCCCGGAAGAUCUGGAAGGGGGCUCUCCAUGAAGAAUAAGCGGUGGCUCGUUUGCACGUGUCAUCGAUCCCGUCUCGACCUGCCUGUUGUUUCUCAUCGAAAGUUUCCGAGAGUCACGUCAAGUGGCGGAGCGCGGCACUUGCCCCGCUUGAGGAGGGCGCCUUGAGCGCUGCAUGCGGCACGCGCGUGAAGGACGCCUCGGCUCCCUAGACCCUCCGCAGCUCCAGCCGUGAACUGGGACCAGGAUGCCGGUGCGGCGGGGACACGUGGCGCCGCAAAACACUUUCCUGGACACCAUCAUCAGGAAAUUCGAAGGCCAGAGUCGCAAGUUCAUCAUCGCCAAUGCGCGUGUGGAAAACUGCGCCAUCAUCUUCUGCAGCGAUGGUUUCUGUGCCCUGUGCGGCUACACGCGCUCGGAGGUCAUGCAGAAGCCGUGCACCUGCGACUUCCUGUACGGCCCACACACCAAGCGGCUGGCCGUCGCACAGAUGGCCCAGGCGCUGCUUGGCUCAGAGGAGCGGAAGGUGGAGAUCGCCCUCUACAGGAAAGACGGCGUGUGCUUCCUCUGCACGGUGGAUGUGGUCCCGGUGAAGAACGAGGAUGGCAUGGUGAUCAUGUUCAUCCUGAAUUUCGAGGUCAUGAGCGAGGAGAAGCGCAGCGAGUCCAGCCGAGAGCUCAACCACAAGCUGUCCAUCCCUUGGCUCUCCGCAGGCCGCUCUCGUGGCUUCAGGGUACGCCUCCCGCUCCUGCGCUCCCUGGCCAACAGCAGGCAGUCCCUCCAGGACGACCCCGAGGCAGCUUGUGUGCCAAGGGCCUCCCACCCCAGCCGGGACUCCCUGAUGCUGGACGAGCUCAUCUCCCUGCCCGAGCCGGCGGGCCGGAGGGCACUGCUGGAGAGCCAGCCCCCAACACCACCACCGCCACCGGCUGCCGACUUCCCCGUGCAUCCACACCACCUCGACCCAGACGCUUCCGUGUCCAACUGCAGCCUGACUCAAAGCCGCUCGCGGGAGAGCUUCCACAGCAUGCGGCGCGCCUCCUCCGUUGACGACAUCGAGGCCAUGAGGCCCGAGUGGGAGCGCAAGGUCCGCUCUGGUAGCACAGGCGCAGUGAACAACAAAUCAAACAUCCUCAACUCUACCUCGGACUCGGACCUCAUGCGCUACCGGACCAUCAGCAAGAUUCCACAGAUCACCCUCAACUUUGUGGAGUGCAAGCCGGACCCCCUUAUUGCCCUACCUCCUGGGGACAAGGACAUCAUCGCUCCCUGCAAGCUAAUCGACCGCACGCACCACGUCACAGAGAAGGUUACCCAGGUGCUAUCACUGGGUGCCGAUGUCCUCCCUGAGUACAAACUCCAGGCUCCCCGCAUCCACAAGUGGACCGUCCUGCACUAUAGCCCCUUCAAGGCGGUGUGGGACUGGUUAAUCCUGCUGCUGGUGAUUUACACGGCCAUCCUGACUCCCUACUCUGCCGCUUUCCUGCUGAGCGACCAGGAUAACGUGGCCAUGGAGAGCUGCAUCUACACCUGCACUCCGCUUAGCAUGGUGGACCUCAUCGUAGACAUCAUGUUCAUCAUCGACAUCCUCAUCAACUUCCGCACCACCUACGUCAACAUUAAUGACGAGGUGGUGAGCCACCCCGUCCGCAUCGCAGUGCACUACUUCAAGGGCUGGUUCCUCAUCGACAUGGUGGCGGCCAUUCCCUUUGACCUUCUCAUAUACCGCAAUGGGGAGGAGACGACCACUCUGAUUGGCCUGCUGAAGACUGCCCGCCUACUGCGGCUGGUGCGGGUGGCUCGCAAACUGGACCGGUACUCGGAGUAUGGUGCGGCGGUGCUCUUCCUGCUCAUGUGCACCUUUGCCCUUAUCGCCCAUUGGCUGGCCUGCAUCUGGUACGCCAUCGGCAGCGUGGAGCGCAACGGCUCCAUUGGCUGGCUGCACUCUCUGGCCGACCAGCUGGGGAAGCCCUACAAUGAGACCAUCCAGGGCUCGGGCCCGUCCAUCAAGGAUAAGUACGUCACAGCACUCUACUUCACCUUCAGCAGUCUCACCAGCGUGGGCUUCGGCAACGUGUCGCCCAACACCAACUCGGAGAAGAUCUUCUCCAUCUGCGUCAUGCUCAUCGGCUCCCUGAUGUACGCCAGCAUCUUCGGCAACGUGUCGGCCAUCAUCCAGCGGCUGUACUCGGGCACGGCGCGCUACCACACGCAGAUGCUGCGGGUUCGGGAGUUCAUCCGCUUCCACCAGAUCCCCAACCCCCUGCGCCAGCGCCUGGAGGAGUACUUUCAGCACGCCUGGUCCUACACCAACGGCAUCGACAUGAACGCGGUGCUGAAGGGCUUCCCCGAGUGCCUGCAGGCCGACAUCUGCCUGCACCUGAACCGCACACUGCUGCAGAACUGCAAGGCCUUCAAGGGCUCCUCCAAGGGCUGCCUGCGCGCCCUGGCCAUGCGCUUCAAGACCACGCACGCCCCGCCCGGCGACACAUUGGUGCAUGCCGGCGACGUGCUCACCGCCCUCUACUUCAUCUCCCGCGGCUCCAUCGAGAUCCUGCGCGAGGACGUGGUGGUGGCCAUCUUGGGUAAAAAUGAUAUCUUUGGUGAACCCAUCAACCUCUACGCACGUCCUGGGAAGUCAAAGGCAGAUGUGAGGGCACUGACCUACUGCGACCUGCACAAGAUCCACCGUGAGGACGUUCUGGAGGUGCUGGACAUGUACCCUGAGUUCUCUGAUCACUUCUGGAGUAAUCUGGAGAUCACCUUUGACCUGCGCGACACUAACAUGAUUCCCGGCUCUCCGAGCAGCGACGAGUCGGACUGCAUCGGCUUCAACCGGCUGCGCAGACGGAAGCUGUCCUUCCGGCGCAGGACCGAAAAAGAUGACGAGAAAGCAGGUGAGAUAAAGAAGUCUCAGAGGCCAGUCCGCCGGGCAAGAAAGCAGACUGUCAGCAACCAGACAGAGGGCUGUAAGGUAGAGUGGGAGGGGCCACGCAGUUCCGUGUCUUCUCACUCCAGUGGGGAAGAGGGGGAGGAGUUACUUCUCACCUGCCCCGCCCCUCCCUCCGCCCUCCUGGAGUUGCCAAGGGAACUGGGGACACACGUCAACGUGAGCAACGCUCCGGAGGUGGACGGGGAUCCUAAGACUGGCAGCACCUGCAAUGCGCUCUCUGGUGCGUUUUCCGGAGUGUCAAACAUCUUCAGCUUCUGGGGUGACAGUCGCGGCCGGCAGUACCAGGAACUGCCCCGGUCCGGUCCGGCCUCCUCUCCCACAUCGGCCACGCCGACCCACGGCAUGGCCCGCUGGCAGCGGAGCCAGGUGGAGAACCGUCUAGAGCUGCUGCAGAAACAGCUGCACAGGCUAGAGAUACGCAUGUCCACCGACAUCAGCACCAUCAUGCAGCUGCUGCAAAGGCAAAUGGUCCUGGUGCCCCCUGCCUACAGUACGGUGACGUCCCCCCCUCAGCCCUCGCCCUGCUCCGGCCCCGGGGAGAGGCUGGUCCAGCCGGUCCCCCCACUGGAGCCCGACACCCUGCAGUCGCUCUCACAGAUCCUGGUCUCCCAGAGCUCUGAGGGACCCUCUGCCAGGUUAUGCGAGUCCCAGAAUAGUACGGUGGAGCCUCAACCCCCGGGUUCCCUAGGAACCAGGAACCAGGAGGCAGGGCUCUCUGGCCUGGCCGGUCCCCAGUACUGGCUGGACGGGGUGACGGGGACCUCCGCGAUGGACCCCGAGGCACAGCGGAGGCUGUCGCUGCCGGGGCAGCAGGUGGUUCUGGAUUCACGGACGCCGCAGAGGCACAUCUCUGACCCGGGGAGCUAGGUCCUCCUUGGAGCAUCUCAUCCAGGUCUUCCCUGUAGUCCCUCCACGCCGAGGAGGAGACCACCAGUGCUCACCACUUCCUACUCGUAUUUCCAUCAGCUGUGGGAGUUUCCUAGGGUGCUUCCCACCUACCUUGCACAACACUACCCCACUUACCCCUCUUCUUGGCUGACUUGAGGAACCACUGGAGAUUAGAGUUUAGACCCAUCCAUCUCCAGCUCAUUGUCCUUCACAGCAGGUCAAGACACUGCAAAGCGUGUAGUGAAGCGAAAGGCUACACUGGAUGGACUUUCCCUUUACUGCUGAGACUGGCGUUGGAACAGUGAGACAAACGUGCACAGCGUAGGCACUCAGCCCACCUCUCGUCCACGUUGCUUCCUGACAUUGUUAGUGAACUUCUGCGUUAGCUGGCCUAACAGAUGUGUGGCUGCUGCCCCCUGGAGUCCAUUUCCCAAAGCGCAUCCACCAGAUGGAAUGUGGUUUCUAACUGUUGCUGUAGGGGAGUGGGGUGUUCAAAGCCAUUAAUUACUGGUGAACAUAUCACAUUCUUAAAAUAAACCUUGUACAGAUUUUGAAUGACAGAAUCCUCGAACCAUAUGCAAACUCAGCAAGAGAAAUGUUAAAUUAUUACAGGAGUGUGUCGAUUUUCAGUCCAAAGGUUUGCUGAAGUUUGCUAAGGCCUGUGGAUCGCAAUUCGUCCGCGUGGUGAUCUGCUGGAUCCUACUACAGCAAUAUAAUAUAUAGAGAAAGAGUUCUUGCUCAUGAAGACUGUAGUUUUCUGUUAAUCACCUUCCAUGUCUUCUUGAUCCAUUCUCUUGGGCGGGUGGUCCUUCUCCCUACCUCCUUCUGGAGAUAGUCUUCAGAGUGGCAUAGAAGAACUCCUCUGGUGUUCAUCUUGGUGAGUGGAUGGCAGGUUGUACUUUGAAAGAUGGUUGAUUGUAAUGUACUGCGUUGCACAAUGAAAUGAAGGUAUGUAUUGUAUGUUUUUUAUUUCUUGGGUGUUGUAUCUUCUUCAGUAAUCAACACGUAUUCUUCUGUCGCAAAGAAAAAUAUCAGAAUUUCUCUUCUGAUGGAAGAAUAUGCACUGGAUUUUUGACAGUCUUGUGGAUCCUUUCCCAAAUCCAUUUCUGUGUAGUGAAAACAUGGCAAAGCAGCUUUUAAUUGGACUUAAUCCUCACCAGAGAUUCCAUUUGGUCGAGUUACACACCUCAGUUUGUAAUGAACUGUAACAAGGUAAAAUUUGAGCUGUCAAUCUACUGUAUGACCACAUAUUUGCCAAACCCCAAAAUCUAUUGGAAUUAUGAAUAUUUUUUCCUGUGUAUUAGUAUGUAUUUUUACAAAGUUCCUUACCCAGACUGAACAUGAGUCUGAAAAUUCACAGCUUGUCCAUUAUAAAAAUAAGCAUUGAUUUGCAUUACUAGUCCUGGGCAUUGAUAUUAACAUUCAGUCCAAAGCUGGGCUGUCGAAUUCCAGUCCUGACAGGCAGCAGGUUUUUGUUACAGAAGAGAUUUUAUUAAUUAACAAUUCAUCGAUCCUCCCCAUCUAUGCCAGGCAGCAUAGGGCAGAUGCCAGGGGUACAGCCUCGAUGGAUAAUCACACUCUGUGGGUGAUGUGAAGGUGACACAGAAGUAUCAGGUGACAGGGCUGCCUAAUAAUUUUACAGCAACUGAUUUCCUAAUUUAGAAAAAAUAAAAUAAACACGGUUCAAAAACCAGCAUCUUGGUUUACAAACUAAACACAUUGCUUGUAGACCCACUGCAGUUUAAUUUGAAUGUGUCUGUGAUUUCAUUUGACCCUUUGGUCAACAGUAAAGUUGAUUAUAGUAAAUUUACGGUAAAGUAGUUUACACAAUUGAAACUGAACAGUAAACCUCUAUUGGAACUUAAACCAGAGUACCCUGCAAUUCCGUCCAGGACUUAAGUUUCACAGCCCCUUGCAGCAAUUCCAAAUGCCUUGCCAGUCCCAAAGUAGAGUUUAACUGUUUAUUUUCAAAUGAGCAUAUUUUGUGUUUUUAAAGACUUUAACCAGACCUUUACAGCCAUUAUUAGCAUAACCUGUUAAUCCCAUGAAGCUGAUUCAGUUAUUCUUGGCAGGUAUGAAUUUUAGUGUUGAAAGACGAUGGGGGUGAGGUAUUAGUGACCCCCAGUGAUAUAGUAUUGCACAGUGGACAUGUGUAAAGUGUAAGCCAAGUGUUUCUCCCAUGUCUGAGGGUCACAUGGACUUCUGAGGCACUGUAUAACAUGAUUUACCAAUUAACAGAAACCUCAGUCCUCAAAUUGUGUUUUAACCUGUGUAUAUGUACUUAAUGUAAAGACAUUAAUACUGCUUUAGUCUGUAAGAAAAAAAAACAUUUAAGCACAUGACAGUAACACCACUGGAGUUUUCUAUCCCUGAUGCCAAACUGAGGGAUGAUUUCACUUUCCACUUCAACCUUCACGCAGUACUGUAAGAUGUCCACUGUUAUCCUGUGAAUCAGAUUGUCUUGUUUCCUCUGAUUCAGGUCCAUUUCCUUUCUGUACUGCUCUGAUACUUGCCCUAUUGUUGGCAAACCGCUUACAACUGUAAGUCUCAGCUUAAUUUCUGUCAUAACCUCGGACCUGUAUCAUAAAACAGGAUUUCUUGGUUAGCUCGAUGACUUGUCAGAUUUAAGGUAGUCUGGGCUAAAUGUAUGUGAACAAAGAUAAAGUCCAUUUAAACUGGGCUACCUCAAAUCUGACAGGCUAUCCAGUUCAGCAAGAAAUCCACCUUCAUACAGGCCCCUGCUGUAAAAGUAGCUUUGUUCUGAAGUAUCCUCACACGAGGAUGUUUUGCUUCCUCAAUUCAUUCAACUGGUUCGCUCAGGCAUUUGAAAACCGUACUGGCUGUCACCUUAACAAACAAAACCUAGGAGCUGUAACGCAAAAAGCAGGAUUUCUUGCUUAGCUAGAUGACUUGUCGGAUGUACCCCGGUUUAAAUCGACUUUAUCUGUGUUCACUUACAUUUAGCCCAGACCACCUUAAAUCUGACAAGUUGUCCGGCUAAGCAAGAAAUCCAGCUUCGUGAUACCAGCCCGCAGUCUUCAUCUUAGUACAGGUAUCUGCAACAAAUCACCUGUAACAUAAUUCUUACACUGCCUCCUACAAAGGCACACUGCACCCUUUAACGUCUGGAAGAUUGUCAUUUAAACCUGAUGCCUCUCAGUAGACGAGACUGUUUUCAUAUCGACGGAUGUUUCUGAUAUAGGUCUGGCAUUUGUAGAUACUCUGACAAAUAUUUUUCCCUAAAGUAAGUCUACACUAGAUUUUUUAUUGCCUCUUCCCUGUAUAUGAGAAUCUUGUAAUUGAAUCAGCCUUGGCACUCUUGUAGCCAGCACUAUGCAGAAACUGUCAUAUCCGUGGCAUGCUCCAGAAUGCAAACUGUAGAAGCGUUUGUCCAGUUUUUAAUAAUCAUAUUCAUGAUUAUAUUAAUAUUAAUAAUAACGGUGAUGGUGCCGAUCAAAAUAAUGAAGAUGAAAAAAAAUAAAUAAACGUUGUGCACAUUUUAUUUGCAUGCUGCACUGAAAAUGGAGGGACGAGAUUAGCUCUGGGCCACUGGUUUCUGGAUCGCCUGAUCGGCACGCGUUAAGAUGCUGUGUCAGAAAGCAGUAAAUGCAUACUAACAUGCCAGAAGGAGACCUGAAGAAGAACAGUGAGCCCAACACCUCAAGGAGAAUUAAUUCUAUAGCCAUGUUUAUAUCAAGCACCAGUGAAUUGGAGGAAAUAAGCUAUGGGGUCUUGACUGUGUGAUGGUACCAUAAACGGAUGAAAUGUCCAACUUUUCCUUCAAUAAACCUCUUUGAAAGCAA